UGAACUUUGAAGUGUUUAUCACCAUCCACCGAAAAUUUCAAGUUUAUUUCAAUCGGAUAACACAAAAAACACAAAUGGCUUGCAAUUCUACACCUCUCCUAUCACCACCAACAACCACCACCAUCUCCCCCAUCAACCACCACACCCUCCAACCCCUCUUCCUCACAAAACCCACCUCCACCCACAGCCGUAAACUCACCACAAAACUCCAAGUCUCAUCCUCACCAACAAACAAGCCCACAACCCCAAUCACAUCCAGACAACCACCACCUCAAAAGCCCAAUGCAGAAACCAUCUUCUUCGACGGUGGAGCUCAUUACGGAGACCUCAUCACCAACCUCCUCCUAGGGUUCACUCUUGUAUGGCUCCCCUUAACACUAGCAGCAGUUUCACGUGCACUUUACCUACGUUACAGGUUCACAAACCUAAGAGUGAGUGUUAUAUCAGGCUUAACGGGUGAGGACAGAAGUGACUUUUCAUAUAGUGUUAUCAAAGAUGUUCAGGUUGUUCCAAGGUUUAUUGGUGAAUGGGGUGAUAUUGUUAUUACAUUAAAAGAUGGUACUAAGGUUGAUCUUAGGAGUGUUCCUAAGUUUAGAGAAAUUGCCAAGUAUUGUUUGUCUAUGAAGGAGAAGAAUUCUAAGGGUUUGGAUCAAUCUGGUCCUAAAGGCUUUUGAUUUAUUUUUUUGGUACAGAGACACACUGCACAUUCAACAUCUUCAUUUGAGCCAUGGUUGUGUUCAUAAUUGCAUAUGUCAUACAUUUCUCCAAAUAUUGGAAAAUUAGAAUCAUGAAGCUUGUAGAAGGGAUAAUAUGUAAGAAUAUCUAAUACCCAUUUUAGAUGAGUAUAUACUAUAGUUAAAUAUUUCAUGAUCAUGAUCAUGGUGAUGGUUAAGUUGGAGGUAGAGAAAUAACCAAUAUGAUUGCAGGAUUCUUGGCUA